AUGUCAACAAAAAGAAAGCAAUUUAAACCGAAAGCAUUCAAAGAUGAUGAAACAAUUAAUAAUGAUUAUGAUGGUUUACAUAGGGAGCAAAGAGUACAAGGAAAGAAAAGAAAGCAAAAAAAUGAUGGCGAAUCAGAGAUCGACGGCAAAGAAUCAUCUCCAGAAUCUUCUCUUUUAGUUAAGAUCAUAGAUAUGGAAAUAAUCUGCAGCUUCUGUGAGACUAGAUUUGAUGAUAUCAAGGCACUACAGAAUCACACAUUACAAAAUCACCAGCAGCGACAGCAGCAGCAAAAUAUAAAAGUGGAAAAUGAGGAAAACGACGCAGUUUCGUUGAACAACGAAAUCGGUCGAAACAAUGGCGAAGGUCCAUCAAUGGUAUGUCAACAGUGCGACACGACACUGCAUGGUUUUGCUGAAUUUGGUUGUCAUAUGCGAACACAUUUAAUCAGUAAAGAUAAGGAGCAGAAAUGCAGUCUUUGCAGUGCCAUCUUCACCGAUCCUAUUAUUCGAUUAUCACAUAUUGUUGAACAUUUUAUGGAAAAUAGUAUUCGUAUACAAUGCAAAGAAUGUCCGACGGUAACGUUUUAUAAUUUUCAACAAGUUCGGCAACAUCACUCUGACGAGCAUUUGGAGAUACUAUACCGCUGCGCCAUAUGUCAUCAAAUGUUUAGCAACCAACAUCGUUUUCAGGAACAUUCUGUUACCCACAUCGAAGAAGUUCUCCGAUAUCAUUGCGCAGUUUGUAGCAUUCCAUUUGAAACUCGCGAUCUUCUAGCGAUCCAUGUACAGCUAAUUCAUGAUCGGUCUGCCAUUACUUUAACAGUUAACAAUUUACAGCGGAAUUCAUCGGGAAAUAGUUUUUGCAAACAACAGUCUGAAAAUCGUCUAGUAAAAUGUUUGGUCUGUGAUAUAAAAUUUGAAAACGAAGAUGAAUUGGACUUUCAUCGCCUUAUCGCACAUUGCAAGGUACCUCGGUCGAAUCGUUGUGCAGACUGCCAGAUACAAAUCCAGACCGUCAUGCAUUUCAAGAAUCAUAUUCGUGAACAUAUGCAAGACGAAUACACCGUAAGCUGUAUCAUUUGUCGGCAAGCACUUCGUAAUGAUACACAGAUCGAUACGCACGCUAAAUAUCAUUUGCAGAUAAGUGACAAUACCUUGGGAAGGGAUCGACAGUGCAGAAUAUGCCAACAGCAUUUCUCAAGCGAAUCACUCGGAUUACAUGUAGUGGAGCAUUCCAGCAACGGAGAUUGUCCGUACUGUGGCAGACAUCUCCCAGAUGUUGGGAGUUUAUUAACUCACAUUGAUUCAGUGCAUUCGGAUGUGGAAGCAGCCUAUCAGUGCAGUAACUGUCGACAGGCUUUUCAUUUUAAAUCUCAACUACAACAUCACCAUUGUCCAGCUGUUGCAUGCGAAACACUGCCUAAGUUGACUUUACUUUAG